AUGUAGUUAAGAAGUAUCUCAAAUAAAAAAAAACCAAGUUAGUUGACUCAAACUACUCAACUAUUGGAGAAAGAAACUAAACAUAUGGUAUUUAUCAAUCUAACAAAAUCAAUAGGAAGAACAAUUAUAACAACUUAAAUAAAUAAUGCAAUAAGAAAAAUUUAAGAGGGAAUCAGAAAAACCAACCGGAUAAAAUGGUACUAGAUGGAAAGCUGCUAAAAUAGAUAAAGGAUUAAGAAAUUAUACUCAAAAUUUACUACAAAAAAAAAAUAGUUUUGAAAAGAAAUCUAUCCCUACAGUUGUUAGACCAACAUCAGCUAAAUUACAACCUUUAGAAAAAUCAAUUAAAACACCAGCAAUAGACAAAGAUAUUGAAAUAUUUUUUACCUAAGUAGGAUUGUUGCAAUAUAAAGAAAAAUUUUUAAAUUACACAAUUCAAAGUUUAAGUAUUUUUUAUUUCUUAUUUAGAGAGAAUGUCACUGUUUAAUAGUUAAGAGAAAUGGGCAUAUUACCAGGUCAUUAAAUAAAAAUAAUGAGAGCAUUAAAAGAAAUGCCUGAAAAUAUAUAAUAAAUGCAAGAAGAUAGUUUCUGUUAAAGUAAAGUAAGUAUGUCAGUAAGUG